AUGACGAAAUUCAAAAUCAAGAUUGUCUCUGACACAGUGUGUCCGUGGUGUUAUGUGGGAAAGAAACGCCUUGAGAGAGGAAUUAGCCUAUACAAGGCAGCCCACCCCGAUUCUAAGGAUAUUUUCAGUAUCUCCUGGUCUCCGUAUUAUUUGAACCCCCAUGCUCCAGAGGUUGGCGUUGAUAAGACCGAAUACCUCAACGCUCGUUUUGGCCCCGAGCGGGUAACAAUGAUGCAAGCUCGCCUGGCUCAGGUUGGACAAGCUGAGGGUAUUGACUUCAAAUCCGGUGGGCGGACAGGAAACACCCGCGACUCACAUAGGUUGAUUCAGCUGGGGAAAACCAAAGGUGAAGCGGUCCAGACACGAGUUGUUGAAGAAUUGUUUGCAUCGUAUUUCGAGAAUGAAGGGGAUAUUACUUCUCAUGAUACCCUUACCGCUGCUGGAGUGAAGGCUGGCUUAGAUGCGAGUGAGGUUAGGGCGUGGCUAAAGAGCGACCAAGGUGGGCAUGAGGUUGAUGAAGAAGUCCUAGAGGCUAAAAGGGCGUACAUUUCAGGUGUUCCCAAUUUCACGAUCCAGGGGAAAUACCAGAUCGGAGGAGCAGAGGAUCCAACCACUUUCCUAGAGACGUUCGAGAAAGUGCGAGCGGAAGAGAUGUCGAGCUGA